AUGAUGUUUUCCCCUCCCAUCCAUGGUCCUCCCUCACCGUCGCCGCCCCCUCUCCUGCCAUCUCAAUUGGGCCACCCCGCGGAGCAGGAUCGCGUCCCCAAGGGACCGGCGUUCCGCGGCGUCCGCCAGCGGCCAUGGGGCAAGUUCGCAGCGGAGAUCCGGGAUCCCAACCGCCGUGGAUCCCGCGUUUGGCUCGAGACAUUCGAUGCCGCCGUGGACGCCGCCCGCACAUACGACCGCGCCGCCUUCCAGAUGUGCGGCCGCAAGGCAAUCCUCAACUUCCCCAACGAGAUCGGCCUAUCCGCCUGCCAAUCGGUGGAUCCCCUUCUUCCCCUGCCUCCUCCGAUUUUUUCAUGGAGCGGAAAGUGGAAAGGAGCAAUGGAGACGGAAUCACCCAGGGCGGCGAUGAAGGAACGAUCGGCGCAAGCGGAGGAGGUCGAGGAGGAAAGCAAGGUCGGGUUGUUCCUCGUGCCGCCGCUGUCGCCGAUUUCGCGGCGGUUCUUCGUCGAAUUGCUAGUGAACUGUUGA